UGGGGAGGGGGGUGGGAAGCAGAAGGAGGGGGCUUGGGGUUUACCAUCUGAUUUUGUAUUAUUAUUAAAUUUUAUUUGUAAAGGUAUUUUUUUAAUCUGGAGAUCGCCAGCAAAAGGAGGGAAAAAUAUCCAGUUUUCAUCGCAAAAUUAGCUAGGGCGAGAGCAAAGGGCUGAGCUAAUUGUAGCCUAAUCCUCUGCCCUGGAGGCGUUUGCAAAGCCCUGAGCAAGAAUUCGCCUUUUUUCCUCCUCUUUUCCCUUCCCUCUGUUAUUUAGAGACGGGAUUAUUGCCUUUCUUCUCAUAACAGCCUCGGCAGUUUCAUUUUAAGGGUUUUUUUUCCUCUCCACACACACACACGCACAAAAUAAACAGAAGAAGCAUAAAAAAAGAGAGAGGGAGAGAGAGAAACAGCAGCUUUAAAAAUAAUAAUAAUCACAGCAGGAUCUAAGGAACAAAGAUAGUAAUAAAAGCAAAAAACAAACCCAUCAACACACAAACCCAACAGAGCCCAAAGCAAAAGGGGGGUUUGCAGAUCUCUCUUCUGUGUUCAAGGUUGGUUUCACAAAAUAAACAAUCGGCUCAAAGUCGCCUAAGAGGCAGAUUCUGGAUAUUAUCAUGAUUACGUGUUUAUAGAGACAAAGGUAAUGCCAAGUCUCUUUAAUUUUGACCCUCUGGCUGGGCUGAAUCCUACCUCCCUGGAAAUACAGACAGUGCCAUGAAGCCACGAGUGCAAGGUUAAGUUCUUUAGCUGGUUAUUCUCCCAAGUGCUUGCAAUGGGGUGUUGGGGGGCUGAAACCGUGGUUUUACUUUUAGUGCUAUCAUAGAUCUGCUGUUAAAGAAAGAAAGGUCUCUGAGGAGAAAAAAAGCUUCAACGAGAAUCGAAUAAAGGAACCAGUCAGAGAACAGAUGUUGGUGCUGAUCUCAUUAAAGACGAGUCAGUGGUCCUGCAGCAGGCUGGACUUUGUGCCUUUGAUGCACACACAGCUAGCUGGCUGCAUAUGGGUUGAAAGAUGCCCCCUUUCAACAUCUUAUAGAGAGAGCUGUUUCAUGGCAAGUCCUUAAACCUGCAGUUUUCAUUUCAUGUCUUAAAUGUGCAUGAAGGAAUUAAACUGCACGAGUGAAUAACAGCAUUAGUUUCAAUUAAUUUUUAUCCUGGCAACAAUAAACUUUAGAAACAAAGCACUUUUACAUCCUUAAUUAGUCUUGGUUCCCAUCUGUAGUCUUUUAAGUGUCUGUUCCUUGAUUUAACUUUGUCCCUCCUUCAGAGCUGCUUUCUUUUUAAUUCUUUUCCCUUUUUUUUUUCUUGUUAUCCCUUCCAGACUGUUUCUUGUUUCUCUUCUGGAACCUUUCACUUCCCUUGUCCCUAUCUCUCUGCAGUUUAUUUCUACUGUAUUUUCCCAAAAUCAACAGCAGUAUUGGUUACCAUGGCCCCAAGCUAUGUGCAGAGGAGGGAAGAAGCAUGUCCCGUCUGUCUCUAACACGGUCCCCAGUUUCUCCCUUGGCUGCUCAAGGAAUUCCUCUCCCAGCUCAGCUCACCAAAUCCAAUGCUCCUGUGCACAUUGAUGUAGGAGGACACAUGUACACCAGCAGCCUGGCUACCUUGACAAAGUAUCCAGAUUCCAGAAUAAGUCGUCUGUUUAAUGGCACAGAGCCUAUUGUCUUGGACAGUUUAAAACAACAUUAUUUCAUUGAUCGAGAUGGUGAAAUUUUCAGAUACAUAUUAAGUUUCCUAAGGACAUCUAAACUGCUACUCCCAGAUGACUUUAAGGACUUUAAUCUUUUAUAUGAAGAAGCAAAGUAUUACCAGCUGCAGCCAAUGAUUAAGGAACUUGAGCGAUGGAAACAAGAAAAAGAACAAAGGAAACAUUUCCAGCCUUGUGAUUGCCUGGUCGUAAGAGUGACUCCAGAUCUUGGGGAAAGGAUUGCACUGAGUGGGGAGAAAGCUUUAAUAGAAGAGAUCUUCCCUGAGACUGGGGAUGUCAUGUGCAACUCUGUAAAUGCAGGUUGGAACCAAGACCCAACCCAUGUUAUUAGGUUUCCUUUGAAUGGAUACUGCCGGUUGAAUUCAGUGCAGGUGCUAGAAAGAUUGUUUCAGAAGGGAUUUAAUGUGGCAGCUUCGUGUGGUGGAGGGGUAGAUUCCUCCCAGUUCAGUGAAUAUGUGCUGUGCCGUGAGGACAGAAGACCACAACCCACCCCAACAAUCAGAAUAAAGCAAGAACCCCUGGACUAGAACCAACCCGUCCUCCUUUGUAACCAUAGAAGUGUUUAAUAGUCCUUUAUGUGAAACACUAAGGAUUUGCAAAACAGUAUUAGCAAACAAAUUGUGACUUUAUGUUGCCAAUUAGUGAUAUUCGAAAACUACCUGUCACAUAGCCAGCCAUGAAACACGUUUGAAAAACAACCUGUUUGUUUUUCAUGAUGAACAACUGAGCAUGCUCAGCGUACAAGGCUUUGUGGGAAUGUACUUUCAACCGAACAGCUGUGAUGUUGAAAAAGGCGAAGCUUCACAAAGUACUGACCCUUGAUUGGGCUUCUGCAGAAAGACCAAUUAAAGCAAUUUGAAUAUGUCAGCUGGAGAAACGACAGUUCUUUUGACAGCAUCCCUUCCCUCCUCAGUGAUAUUCUAAGGCAAUGAAACAGGGUCCACCAAAAGGAAGGUGGUACCUUGAAAACUGCACUGAGUAUCUUCCCUGUCUGAAUGCCACACUUCUCUCAUAUCAGAUUUAUACCUGUACACCUCCAUACAUUGUUACGUUUCUGUGAUUGUAACUCAUUUGUGCAAGCAAAUGGCUUAUUUUUAUAAAACAUUUACAACUGAAAUAACUCUGUAUACAGAAUACAAAAUCAGAGAAGGACCAAUUCAUAGUCAUCUGGUGCUUAAACUUUAAACACAACUGAGGACUAGUUGUGGCUAAUAUGUGCAAAAGUAGGGAUUUUUUAAUAAGGCCAUCUGACAUUAAAACAGCACAGCACAGGCCCCAAAUGUGGAGUUAUAGUUCUUUUGAGAUGCCAAUUUUCUCUCUCUCAGAGUUUCAACGUUUUACAUCAUCAGUGGAGUGGUGGUUCUGCCAAGCAUUUGCCAAAGCAUCUGCCAUUUCCCUUUGUUAUUCUUUUACUAAACAUACCUAAAACCCAUGUGCAGGAGCAGGUGUUAAAUAUUUCGGACACCCCUUACUCUCCAUGGCCCGGGAAUUUUUACAAAGGAUGAUAAAGCCCCAUAUUUCUCUGUCUGACAGGAGCAGGCCAGGUUUUGUUUAUUUUUUUCUUCUAUUAAUUUUGAACUACUAUUAAAAUACUGAUUUUCUAGCUGCCCUGUAUCUGUAUUUUUUGCUUUAAAGAAGCCAUUUGUCUGUAGGAGGUUACUGUUCCUUUAACAAAUACAGUAUCAACUCUUCUGACUUACGCAGCUUCCUUAACUCAGGAGACAGCACUGUGUUUGCAGGUGCAAGUAUAUAAAUAGCAUUCUGCUAAAUCCUGUUUACUGCUGUUUAGCAUGAUUGGGUCCUCAAUAACUAAUUCAUGUGUUAAUCACAAUUUAGUUUCUCCCACAGUAAUUUAUAGAAUACUGUUGUAGAUGCUGAAUUUUAAUUAAACUGUUUUUAGAUGCGUAAGUACAGCUAUAUAGAACAAGGUACUGAGUAUUAAGUAGUCAGCAUUAUUUGAUAAUUCUGUUUCUCUAAUGCCAUCUGAUUACUUGGGCAGAAAUUAGGACCUGGAGUUUAACACAGCAUUUUUCAGAAGUGCCUAGUGAUUUAGGGUCCCCAUGCUGGAGACUGUAUGUGGCUCUGAUUUUUAGAAAAUGCCCUCUGAAAAAUCAGGCUUCUUCAAAUUGCCCCCGAUUGGGCACCCAAAAUCACAAGUUACUCAUGAAAAUCUUAGCCCACUGGCCUGCUGCCUUAGCAGAACAGUUGACAGUUAUUUGACCAAAUCUGUCUAAAGAUUUUUAAUGUUAUUUUAUUUCAUGGUUUUAUGCUUGUUUGACACACUAAAUAAAAUUGCUAGGUACUGCCAUAUUGGAAAAGAUGGCACUACGUUACCUUUCUAUGUAAGAUAUCUGUAGAAUUGUAUAUUAUACAUUUAAUAUUGUAAAAAAAUUUAACGUAUAAUUGUCAUGUCUGUGUGUAUACACAUUUCUUAUACAGAACUUCAUGCCAUAAAACAUUUCUGUAAAGUAAAAGAUCAAAACUGCAGCAAGUUGAAUGAACACUCACUUUCUCUCCCACAUUCUUCGAGAGGUAAGAAACUUGGGCUGUAUUUCCACUGGCCUUUGAUUGAGUUCAGCUUAUUGUAGCCAUCUCUUCAAAAACAGUGUUUGUUUAUUAAUUCUAUAGAUUUAAUUCAAAUUCUUCUUAAAGCAUCAGUUUAGCUCCUAGCUUUUACCAUGUAUAUUCCAGUUUCGUAUUCAUUUCCUGAGCAGAGAGAAAUGGAGGCUGGACCCUUGUGUCUGUGCAUACUGUUUCAUUUAUUAACAUUCAGCUAGGAGAGGAAAGUUCUUCUGUAGUUACGGUACAUUCAGGCUUCAGGAGUAUGGGCCAAUCCUGCAGUCCUUAUUCAGGCAAAACUGCUGAAAUCAACAGGAGUUUUUGCCUGUGUCCCGGGUUGUAUCAGUAGGAACUGAUAUUAAGCACCUCUUACAAAGGGGUGAGGACUGUCAGCUCCAGUUGAAGUAAAAUGGAAGUUGAAAGGCCCUGUGCUCCUCUCAAGAUCAAGCCCAUAGGCAGAAUGCUUUAGAUGUAUGUAGAGAGCCAUUAAGUAUUUGUGGUUUUGUUUGUCUGUUUUCUUCUGUUUGGUGUUCACCAUAUUUUUAUAGCUCAAUAAAGCAGCUACAGUACCGACAGCAGUUUGGUAAGGUGGCAUCAUAAAAGAUUCCAGGCUGCUCCAACUGAGUUAAAUGUGAACUUGAGAUGGAAAGUUUGAGCCAUGACAUCACAACAUUAACUGCAAAACAGCACUGCAGCAAGCAAGACAUAUGGAAACAAUCACUUCGUUAGGAGAAAUAUGCCCUUUUUUUUAAAAAAAGGAAAAGUUAAGCUAGGACAUGUUCUUUUAGUUAGCGACUUCAGGACACUGAUUUAAUGUUUAUUACAAUUUCAUUUGUAUCUCUUUUACUUUUUUAUAUCCCCGUAUUCUAAAGUAGCAAUAUCAGCAAAAACUGAUGUGAAUUUUUACUUCUGUCCUAAACCAUAGUAAUACAGCUUGAUUAAGAACAUUGCUCAGUGUCAUGUAAAAGUUUUUAAAAUAUCAUCACAUCUCUAGUAAAACUGUGGUUUGCAGACAGCAAAUGCUUUUAAUUUGAAGGCCGAAAAGUAAACAUACCUUGUUUUUUAAUCUUAAUUUCACUGAACAAAAUUGGUUGGAAUCUCUUUGCUGAGCACUGAAACUGUGGUUUUGAGAACUUCAGUCUUCUCUAGCACUUUUACAUGUACUGUUCUGUGCCACUGUGCUCCCAAGUCUGAGAGAAAAGUGAAAGGAAAAUGUUAUGUUGUGCUUAUUGGACAAGUCUUUAAGAAAGCAAAUGUGUGCAUUCGCUGACUGUAUUUAAUAGCAUCAAGGUUUGUUGACAGUUUUAUUAGAUGUUUGACAAAGAAUAAGGAUCAGCACAACAGAACAUUAGAUACUCAGUUUUAGUAUUUCUUUGUGGGUAUUGUUAAUAUUUUAAUGCAAAAUGUUUUUGAACAGUGCUUAAAAACUACAGGACAAUGUGAAACUGAAAUUAAUGUUUGAUAAAUUAAUACUGUAUGUUGCUCAAAUGUGUUACUUUAGUAAAUUGUUUUAUUUCUUUACAAAAUAAGUACAAAUAAGGAAUUAUGUUUUCACACAAAUUGGGGUAUUUACCAGUAUGUACAGAAAUAAUCAAAAUAACAUAAUUCUAAUAAACACAAGGUCUUUAUAAACAAUAUGUACACAUCAUCAGUACAUUUAAAA